AUGGCGAGGAUGUGGAGAAGUGAGAAGGAUGGAGGCGCAGAGGCAGAUGCAGCAGACAGCCCGCGUAUCCUUUUCCACCCCCUUCCCUUCCACCCGCUGCUUCUCCAUCUGCCAUACCUUCCCUACCUUCCCCCCCUCCCCCUCCUCCUCCUCUCUCCCCCUCCCUCUCUCCCUACUCCUUUCCUCCCUUUCUCUGCACGCGUGCAGGUGAAGGCGGCGUGGGAGCAGCUGGGGAAGGCGGUGGAGGAUGCGAGGGGCAUGGCGGGGAGUGUGGAGGCGGGCAAGCGCAAGCAGGCGGAGAUGGAGAGGGAGACGGCGGCUGCUAGGGAGGCCAUGGAGGGGCUUCAGAAGGACCUGAGUUCGCGGAACACACAGAUGGUAGAGGUGGAGGAAAAGCUGGAGAGCGAAAGGUGGGUUGGCAUUGGCGUGUAUUUGUUUUGGGAACCAGGGAGGAAGUGUGUCUAUGAAAUGAUAAAGGUGCAGGUGGUGGAGGUGGAGGAGAAGCUGGAGGGCGAACCAUUUCUCAAGCGUGUAAAUGAUUCCAUCCGUUCACGCUUGCCGUCCUGCCCUUUCUCUCUGCAGGAACAAGCGGAGGCGAGUGGAGGAGGAGAGGGACGCUUUAUCUGCACGACUGGCGAGGCUGGGGCAGUCGAUGGAGCGGGGCGGGGGGUCGGGGGGCCCAUCGGUGGAGCAGCUGCAGGAGGAGCUGCGGCAAUACAAGUCCAUCAUGAAAUGCUCCGUGUGCCACGACCGACAAAAGGAGCACAAUUGAUGUGUAUGAAGUACCCCUGUUCCUCUUCCAUUCCCCCUUCCCCCACCGUCCGCCCCCCCACUGCUCUCUCCCUCCCUCUCCCCUGUCCGUCAAGUUGA